AUGAGUGCUGUUGCACAAGAAGUUGAUGCACUACUUGAGAAAGGAGCAGUAGCUGAAUCCUGUAAGCGUUUAGAAGAGGGAUUAAAAUCGAACAGUAAUGAUGUUGAACUAUUAUGGAGGAGGGCCAGAGCUUGUUUCCUUGGUGUUUACUAUGUCCCGGCAAAACCAGCUAGUGAUGUUUGUGCAAAAUACUUCAAAGAUGGUAUGGAUGCUGCUAAAAAAGCGGUCGACAUAAAUCCGAAUCAUGCAAAUGCUUUAUCGUGGUAUGGUAUAAUGAUGGAUGAAUCUAGUGGACUAAAGGGUAUCGAAGAAAGAUUCAAGAAUGUCUCUAUCCUGUACGACUUAUGGACUAAAUCUCAAAAGUAUGACCCGAAUAACUUUAUAACAGAAAGUAGUCUUGGGAUGUGGCACUUUAUUAUGGCGGAACUUCACAAGUUUAAACCGGAAUUAUUCAAAGGUACCAAAUAUACGGGGAACGAAUUCUCCUAUCAGAAGGCAUUGGAGCAUAUGCUUAAAUGCGAAUCAUUGGCUCCAGGUAGAUCAUUAAUAACAAUGGGAUAUUUGGCAAAGUGUUAUGCUCGCCUUGGAAAUGUGGAAAAAGCCAAAGAAAUGGGUCAAAAAGUACUCAGUCAUCCUGCUCAACAUGUUGAAGCACAAGAGGCCAAGAAAGCAGUUGAACAAUUGAUGAAGGAGCUUGCAAAAUGAGAAUGGAAAGAAAAACCCCUAUUGAUAAGUCCUGCUGAAUUCGUGAAUUCACAAAAAGAUGAUCAUAUCCCACCCAGAUGUGAACACAUUUAUAAAUGAUUACUUGAGAAUGUUUACCACACUCGUAAAUGUUAAGUAAAUCUUUAUAUAUAUAUAUGUAAUAAAUAUUU